ACCAUUUCACCACACACAGGCUUAUCCUGUCGUUCACUUCUCCUCCAUGGCCACCAGGAGCGGAUCCGCCAUCUCGGCUGGCUGGGCAGCGCCCCAGCCUUGCCGACCACUAACCGUACGUCGGAGAAACUUACCCCGACCACCAUGCUACUUAUCUACCACCUUCCCGCCAUGCCCGGGCGUCUGCACGUCUACAUCCCGCAAGAACGGGGCUCUGCCGGCGGCUGCCACGGAAGCCGAAACCGAGGGCGAGGUGCUGCUGGAGUCCCCGGGGCACUUCCGCAUCUACAAGUGCGGCAAGAUGGACCGCCUCAACGAACCCACCGUCUCGCCUGCCGGCCUGGACGAGGCCACCGGCGUCACCUCCAGGGACGUCGUCCUCGACGCCGACACCGGCGUCUCCGUGCGCCUCUACCUCCCCAAGCUCCGAGACCCCUCGGAGAAGCUCCCGGUCCUCGUCUACUUCCACGGCGGCGCCUUCCUCAUCGGGUCGGCCGACGACGCCACGUACCACAGCUACGUCAACUCCCUCGCGGCCGCGGCCGGCGUCCUCGUGGUGUCCGCCGACUACCGCCUCGCCCCGGAGCACCCGCUGCCCACGGCCUACGACGACUGCUGGGCCGCGCUCCAGUGGGCGGUGGCGCCGUCGACGCAGGACGAGUGGAUCUCCGGGCACGGCGACACGGCCCGCCUCUUCCUGGCGGGCGACAGCGCCGGCGCCAACAUCGUGCACGAGAUGCUCGUGAGGGCGGCGGUGAACUCCCACCCGAGGAUGGAGGGCGCGGUGCUGCUGCACCCGUGGUUCAGCGGGAGCGAGGCGAUCGAGGGGGAGCCUCCGGCGGUGCCCAUGUUCAACGGGAUGAUCUGGUCGUACACGUGCCCGGGGACGGUGGGCAGGGCCGACGACCCGAGGAUCAACCCGCUGGCGCUCGGCGCGUCGUCGCUGGAGCUGCUGGCGUGCGAGAGGAUGCUGGUGUGUGCGGCGGAGAAGGACGUGCUGGCGAGGAGGAUCCGCGCGUACUACGACGGCGUGGCCGCGGGCGCGUGCCAGGCGCCGGGCGCCGCGGCGUGGUUCGAGUCGGAGGGCGAGGACCACGACUUCUUCCUCGGGAAGACGGACUGCGAGAGCGCCAAGCAGCUCCUGGAUCGCGUCGCGGCGUUCAUCGCUGAGGGCUGAGCUGCACCGCGUGAUCUGCCGACGUGUAUAGUAGCAUGCAUACACAUCCAGGCGGGAGAUGACAGUCGGAUUGCUUAUUUCGCUUGGGUGUGAUUCUUGACAAAAAAUCGCAACCUAGAGUUCACUGCAAAAACGUCUUCUCUAUUUAGUUACAGUAGUAGUACCAAAGAAGGAAGAUAUUUGAGCCUAAAUCUGUUUGGCCAGUAGCCACCACACAUUUAAAGAACAAAUAUGGAAUGGUGCCUUUUUAGAGCAAAAGA